AGUCUUCAUGGAAGUGGCUGUGCCUUUAGACGACAAUUAUAUUGUGGAGGUUUUAUUCUACGAGAACGUAAACAACCAGUUCAGAAGGAGCUUCAUUGAGCUACAGUUCAAAUUUUGCACGUUCAUAUUCAAAGAACCCAUCUUUGGAGCCGCUAUAAGGAAGCAUAUAACCAGUGUUGACAGUUGUCCCUUACCAGCGGGCUCCUAUCACCUGUACAAUAUGACCGCGGCUGCCGACCAUCUGCCAAAGCUGCCAUUUUCAAAAGGUCGGAUCUACAUGUACCUGAAAACAAAGUUGAGAUCUGUCCUCAAGGGGUACUGCGAUAUGGAGCUGAAGAGGAAGAAAAUUACAAAACAUUAAUAUUGAUCCAAUUUUGAUUUAAAAAAAAUUAAAGUUUAAAAAUAUAUUGUAAAACAUUCUUACAGGGAACAAAAUGGAUACUAGCCCCAAUGCAAAAGAGUUCGUCUAGCAAUACAGAAAUAUU